CUUAAGAGCGUUAAUGUCAUUUGGCCGCAUACUGUCUGGCUUGAAGAAACGUCAUAAACUUAGUAGCAACUCGACUAGGUUAAAUUAGAAAACAUACUCCGGUUUAAAAGUGUCGAAGUUUGCGAAGCGAGAGCACAAUCGAAGAAAUUUCGGCCAACAGUUUUAAUUAGCAAAGAAUAUGGUUUGAUGGGUUUUCGAAUUCAUAAGUAAAAAAACAAAACUCGUGCUUCGGAUUAAAAAAUUAAAAACUGGUGCUAAAUUCGCGCAAAAAGUGUUAAUAUUUAUUGAAAGCAAGCACAGACCAAAAUAAUAAAAACAAGAAGAAGAAGAAUAAACAUUUACGAGACGUUCAGACGUUUGUUAAGCCGCAAAAAUAUAGUAAAAGCAUAUUAUAAAAGUAAAUAAAAACGCUAAAUUAAGCGUAAUUACAUACACGCAUAUAUAAAGUUUAUAAAAAAAAUUAAGUGAAUUGUCACAGUGUACCUAGCAGCAGCAUGGAGAAAACGCAUCUGCAGCUGUUAACAUUUCUGUGUAUCUUCACAUUAAGUUUUUGUGUGCCAACCCCCACACCUGCGGACAUAAAAGGACGUAACUUUCCGCCCGAUUUCAUUUGGGGUAUUGGUACGUCAGCAUAUCAAAUUGAAGGUGGUUGGAAUGCGUCCGAUAAAGGGGAAUCGAUAUGGGAUCAUCUAACACACAGAUUUCCGGAAAAAAUUGAUGAUCAAUCAAAUGGUGAUAUUUCGUCUGACAGUUAUCAUCAGUGGCGUCGCGAUGUGCAAAUGAUACGCGAUCUCAACGUGCAUGUCUAUCGCUUUUCAAUAUCGUGGACACGCAUCAUGCCCGGCGGCUACAUGAAUCAGGUGAGCAGCGAUGGCAUACGUCACUACAGUGAUCUCAUCAACGAGUUGCUUCACUACAAUAUCACACCAAUGGUCACAAUUUAUCACUGGGAUCUGCCACAACGUCUGCAAGAGUUGGGCGGUUGGACGAAUCCGGAAAUUAUACCAGUUUUUAAGGAUUACGCCCGCCUUCUAUUCGAAAUGUAUGGCGACCGUAUUAAGAUUUGGACGACAAUCAAUGAACCUUGGCACAUCUGUGAAUUUGGUUAUGGCGUUGAUUAUAUGGCACCCUCUUACAAUUACCCUGGCAUUCCCAGCUAUUUGUGCGCGCACAAUUUGCUCAAAGCACACGCUGAGGUGGUGCAUAUGUAUCGUGAGAAGUAUCAAGAUUUACAAAAGGGAAAAAUCGGCUUAACUAUGGACACAUCGUGGAUGGAACCUAAAACCGAUUCGGUGGAUGAUCAAGAAGCAUCGGAGCGUGCAUUGCAAUUCUAUUUGGGUUGGUAUGCGCAUCCGAUCUUCUCCAAACGUGGCAAUUACCCACAAGUUAUGAUCGAUCGUAUACAUAAUUUGAGUAAGGAGCAGGGUUUCACACGUUCACGCUUGCCAGAGUUUACAGCAGAUGAGGUGCGUCGUAUACGCGGCACUGCCGAUUUCUUUGGCAUUAAUUCGUACACCAGCAAACGUGUGACAAAGAAUGAUCACAACAACAGCAAUAAUUUUCCAAUCCCAUCAUUUAAUCACGAUAUGGGCGUGAUCGAAGAUCAAGAUCCCAACUGGACUGGUUCAGGUUCGGCGUGGUUGAAGGUCGUUCCCAAAGGCAUGUACAAUUUACUCAUGUGGAUCAUGAAGGAAUACAACAAUCCUCCAAUAAUUGUCACAGAAAAUGGCGUUAGCGACGUGGGUGGACUUGCAGACUAUAAACGCGUGGAUUAUAUUAAUUCCUACCUCUCGGCGGUUUUAGAUGCCAUUGAGGAUGGGGCCAAUGUGCAGGGAUACACUUAUUGGAGCUUAAUGGACAGCUAUGAAUGGAAAGCUGGCUAUACUGAAAAAUUCGGUCUCUAUCAUGUGGAUUUCAAUCAUCCCAAUCGUACGCGCACACCAAAGGUCUCCGCCAGAGUUUAUGCGAAAAUUUGCAAGACCAACACAAUCGAUUGGAGUUAUCGACCAGGUUUGGAUGAGAGUCAAAUAAAUGCAUUGCCACAGCUGCCCGAAGUAAAAGCGAAGUCGGGCGCGAGUACAUUGUACAAUACAUUGAGCGGCCACAGUUGGCAGCGUAUAACGUUAUUGUUGUUGUUUGUUAAUUAUUUAUUACGAAUUUAAAUCAUUCAUCAUUGUAGUUAAUGUUGCCAUAUUACAUAUGAUGUGUUUUGUAAAUAUGUAUGUAUGUAUUAUUUAAUUAUCUGUUUAGAACAUGACUAAAGUAUUAUAAUUAUUUAAAUAAUAAAAUAAAUACA